ACACAAAAAAAAAAGGGCAGCAUGCAAAGCAUUAAUUAAUCAAAGACAAGGAUUACAAACCAUUCCCCAUCCACAAAACAUAAAAAAUAAAUCCCACUAAGAGACAUAGGUUAGCUCCUAGGAAUCUAAGCUCUUCUCUUUAUAAAUGUAGAUGCCAUUCACUUCUAUUUCUCACAACAAAAGAGAGAGCAACAAAGAAACAUCCAUGGCCACUAAACAUGGUGAGAGUUCUCCAACUGUUCGGGUUACUAGGACAGUUUGCGUAGUCCCCAAAUCCUUGCAUCCACAACAAAUUCUUCAUCUUUCCAAUUUAGACAGGCAGUGUCCGAUGCUUAUGUACGUGGUUUUCUUCUACAAAUCUUCUUGUGCUUACCAGAACUUGUCUCUGGAUUCAAUUUUUAGUCGCUUGAAAUCUGGGUUGGAAGAGACUCUUUCGACUUGGUAUCCAGCUGCAGGUAGGUUGAGCUUGAACCCUAGUGAUGGUAAACUUAAUCUUUGGUGCAACAAUAAUGGUGCAGUUCUAGUUGAGGCAGUUACCAAUGCUAAGAUCGUUGAACUUGGAGAUCUUUCUCAAUACAAUGAAUUCUUCGAGUAUUUGGCUUACAAGCCUGUUAUUCAGGGGAACUUCUCGGAGAUGCCUUUAGUUGUUGCUCAGGUUACAAGGUUCGCGUGUGGAGGCUAUUCAAUCGGUACUGGUGCGAGCCACUCUUUGUUUGAUGGACCGGCCACCUAUGAUUUUCUCCAUGCAUGGGCUUCUAAUUCCGCUAUUUUGAAAGAAAAGAGAGGCACCGAGCUUUACAAACCUGUGCAUGAGAGGGGGGCACUGUUGGUGGGUAAUCAGGGGCUUACAAAAUUGCCUGAAAGUGGGAGCUCGCCAAAAAGGGCUGCAGCCAUAGAUCAUCUAUAUCAGUUGAUAAAACAGGCUAUUGCUGGUCAAAAUUGUGGUCCUGAUAUGAAGUUUGGAACCAGGAAUUUUCCUGACGUGGGAAACUCAAAUCUUGUUCUCAAAACAUUCCACCUGAGUGGUGCAAUGAUAGAAAGCUUAAAAAGGAAGGUCUUUGGUGAUAGAGGUAGCCUUUCAUGUUCAUCCUUUGAGCUGCUUGCAGCUCACUUAUGGAAGGCAAGGACUAGGGCUUUAGGGGUAAGGAAGGGAGCAAUUGUUUGCUUGCAAUUUGCUGUGGACAUAAGGAACAAGAUGGUGCCCCCACUGCCAAAAGGUUUCAGUGGUAACGCUUAUGUACUAGCCUCUGUUGCCUUAACAGCUGAAGAACUGGAGGCAGGAAACCAUAAAGCUACUGUCGAGAAGAUAAAGGAAGCCAAGAAUUCAAUCAGCAACGACUAUGUGAUUGCAUAUAACCAGGCAUUAGAUGGACCUCAGGGCACUCUCCCUCCAAUGAAUGAGCUGACACUAGUCUCUGAUUGGACAAGGAUGCCAUUCCACAGGAUUGAUUUUUUACAUGGAGAAGCUGCCUAUGCAUCUCCACUGCUCUCUCCAAUCCCCCAAGUCGCUUAUUUCAUGCAGAAUCCUAGUGAUUCGAGGGGCAUUGAUGUGAGGAUUGGUUUACUUCCUCAAUCCCUGAAUGCUUUCUCUCAUUACUUUCUCACCAGUAUGCAAUAAGUUCCCACAGCCUGCAAUAAGUUCCUGCAGCCUUUAUUACAUCUUAACAAUUGAAAGUGGGUAGAGGGUGGUGACUAACUUAGGAUUACCAGUAUUACUAUAUAUGGGAAUGAUAUUUGUGAUAAUGAUAUUUCCAAGACUGUUGUCCAAAAUUUCUUAUACAACAUAACAUUUGAAGAAGUUUCGCAAGAAAUAAUCUUGACU